AUGGGUAUGGUUCUGACUAGGCAAGUAAAUAUUGCUGCCAAGGACAAGGGUGUAGCAGAAGCCAGAUUAGAUGGAGCUCUGGAACUCCAGGUGGACCAGUGUGCCAUACAGAUACAGAUACAGCACAAAGAGAAGGACAUCCAAGGCAGACAGGGAGUUCCAGCAAAAACACCUGAGCCUUCACAAACUGAAAAAUCAAAUGAACCAGCUAAAGCAACUCUACAGAAACUGCAUCUGCUCAAUAAUGGAAAAGAAGAUGCAAACACACAGAAGACAACACCUCAAGGAUUCCAAACAAAUGAGUAUGCUGAUGCUCAGCUUCAAGAGAUUGUCAGAAAAAUGCGGGAAAGGGCCACAGUCUAUAAGGAAAAGCUGAAAGACCCUGUGCUGUCCUCCCCUGAAGGCACACCAUCAAAAACGAAGCCUCCACCCCCACCAAAAGAUGAAAAAAAGGAAGAAAAGAAAGAGGAAGCAGAAGCAAAGCCAGAGGAGGAUCACUACUGUGAUAUGCUCUGCUGUAAAUUCAAAAAAACACCACUGAAAAAGUACAUGACCUAUCUACAACUACCAGACAGCAUAGACUCAUACACAGAUCGACGUUAUGUAGCAUGGCUCAUGCUUGUGACAGUUGCCUAUAACUGGAAUUGCUGGUUUAUCCCCCUUCGCUUUGUGUUUCCAUAUCAAACCUCAAGUAAUACAAUAUAUUGGGUUGCCAUAGACAUCAUCUGUGAUAUCUGCUACCUGUGUGACCUGCUGGUUUUCCAGCCCCGAGUGCAAUUUUUAAAAGGUGGAGAUAUAAUAGUAAACAAAGUGGAAAUGAAGAAAUUCUACCACAGCUCUAUGAAGUUUCGGCUCGAUGUGAUAUCAGUAUUGCCAUUUGAAGUUUUAUCUAUCUUCUUUGGAUUUAACCCAGCAUUUAGAGCAAAUAGAAUGCUAAAGCAUAACACAUUCUUUGAGUUUAAUGAUCGUUUGGAAGCUAUUCUGGACAAAGCAUACAUCUACAGGGUCAUUCGAACAACUGGAUACUUGCUGUUUAUCUUGCACAUUAAUGCAUGCUUGUAUUAUUGGGCUUCAGACUAUGAAGGACUUGGCAGCACUAGAUGGGUGUACGAUGGCCAAGGAAACAUGUACCUGAGGUGUUACUACUGGGCAGUUCGUACAUUAAUCACCAUUGGAGGCCUUCCAGAACCACAAACCCUGUUUGAGAUAGUUUUUCAACUGCUGAAUUUUUUCUUGGGUGUCUUUGUCUUCUCCAGCUUAAUUGGUCAGAUGAGAGAUGUAAUCGGAGCAGCUACAGCAGGACAGAACUACUACCGAUCCUGUAUGGACAACACUGUCUCCUAUAUGAACACUUACUCCAUUCCAAAAGUGGUUCAAAAUCGUGUUCGAACCUGGUAUGAAUACACAUGGGACUCUCAGGGAAUGCUGGAUGAAUCAGAAUUACUGGAGCAGAUGCCAACCAAAAUGCAAUUAGCCAUUGCAAUUGAUGUGAACUUUGCCAUUGUCAACAAAGUUGACUUAUUCAAAGGUUGUGAUACUCAGAUGAUAUAUGACAUGCUGCUAAGGUUGAAAUCCAUUGUGUAUUUACCUGGUGACUUUGUCUGCAAAAAGGGAGAGAUUGGCAGAGAGAUGUACAUCAUCAAACAAGGUGAAGUUCAAGUCCUUGGAGGCCCUGAUGGUACAAAAGUCCUGGUUACACUAAGAGCAGGAGCUGUAUUUGGGGAGAUCAGCCUAUUAGCUGCAGGCGGAGGAAAUCGAAGGACUGCCAACGUGGUGGCUCACGGUUUUGCCAACCUUUUCAUUCUAGACAAGAAAACACUCAACGAAAUCUUGGUACACUAUCCUGACUCAGAAAAACUUCUGAUGAAGAAAGCAAAGGUGCUGCUGAAGGAGAAGGGGAAGCCUGCUCCUGGACCACCAGUGCAACAACCACGGGGCUUGGCUGGUCUUUUUGGGCAGAAACAGGAAACUCCAAAAUUGUUUAAAGCGAUGCUUGGAGGUAAAGGAAAAGCAGGUCUUGCCAAGCUGCUGCAGCUGAAGAGAGAACGAGACAUUCAGGUAAUGCCACAGGAAACAGAAAACGAAGCUGAAACAGAGAAACCUGAACAAGAGGAGAAGAAACCCGAACCAGAGGAGAAGAAACCCCCUGAGCCUGCAGCCUCAUCUGCACCCCCUGCACAAAAUGAAGAGCCGAAUGCAGACGCUAAGCCUAAACCACCUGCAGUUAUGCACAGAGGAACCACUAAUGAGUCUCUGAUCAUUAGUAUGUCUCCAUCACCUACAGCAGGGGAAGGAGAGAUCCUUAAAGUUGAAGCUAAAGAGAAGAAAAGGAAAUAGAUGGUGCUUUGGGCUGCGUUUUGCUGAAUUCAGAGGGCUAGUGUGACUUGGCUUUUGGGUACAAAAUAUAGAAGUAGAGGCUACUCAAGAAAGAACCUAUCCCAGCUCAUCUUCUUCCUUCCCUCCUCUCCUGAGGCAACUGGGCAGAUUUGUAUAUCUACCUCUGAACCUUGAGCCUGAAGAGAGAACUCCUGGUGUAAUAGGAAUUAGAGAUCUGACUGGAUUUCAGGAUAGCAUAUUUCUUGGUUGAUCCAUGCUCUCCAUUCUCUCUUACUCCGUCUUGUUUCUGCUUCUCCUUUUCCCUCUUCUGUUUAUUCUUUCUUUCUUACUGUUUUUCAUGGUUG